AUGCAUCUCCAGCCCUCUGGCAGCAUUGCUUUGACUGCUGACCAGGUGCAAAAGUCGCUGUUGAAAGCCAGGCAGGACCAAGCAGAAAACAGGGAGAGCCUCCCCGGCAAGGUCCUGCUAGAACAGGAGAGUGAGAAGAAUGUUUUAUUACAGACGCUACUCCAGACCCAGGCAGACAUAAGAGAAGCCUGCGAGCAGCUCGAGCAGCUCAGGCAGGAGGUGAACGAGCAGCAAGAGAGCGGGCAGGCACGUGAACGGGAAGAGCUGCAAGAGAUGCUGGAGAAAUUGGAAAAGGAGGAGGCAGAGAAAGAAGACGAAGAAGACGAGCAUGAGGAGAAGCUGUUGAAUAUGAAGCAGAAGGUGGCUGUCAUGCAAGCUCAACAAGAAGAGGAGCGAGCCAGAGUGGAAAAGGCCAAGCAAGAGGUCCUGCUAGAACAGGAGAGUGAGAAGAAUGUUUUAUUACAGACGCUACUCCAGACCCAGGCAGACAUAAGAGAAGCCUGCGAGCAGCUCGAGCAGCUCAGGCAGGAGGUGAACGAGCAGCAAGAGAGCGGGCAGGCACGUGAACGGGAAGAGCUGCAAGAGAUGCUGGAGAAAUUGGAAAAGGAGAAGGCAGAGAAAGAAGACGAGCAUGAGGAGAAGCUGCUGAAUAUGAAGCAGAAGGUGGCUGUCAUGCAAGCUCAACAAGAAGAGGAGCGAGCCAGAGUGGAAAAGGCCAAGCAAGAGGUCCUGCUAGAACAGGAGAGUGAGAAGAAUGUUUUAUUACAGACGCUACUCCAGACCCAGGCAGAGAUAAGAGAAGCCUGCGAGCAGCUCGAGCAGCUCAGGCAGGAGGUGAACGAGCAGCAAGAGAGCGGGCAGAACGUCACGGAAAAGCUCCAGGCAGAGCUGUGGGAGAGUCAAAGUCAGAUCAAGGCAGUGGAGGACAGGCACAAGCAAGAAAUGCAAGCCAUCAAAGAGGAUAUGAAUGUCCUCCUUCAGCAGAGGGAUGCUCUACAAAACAAGGUGGAAGAGUUGACGUCUCGGCUAGCAGCCUCCAAAGAGGCCCAGCAAGUGGCUUCCUGCAAAGCUCAGCAAGAUCUGUAUGAGGCACAGGAGCUGUCAAGGCUGAAGACGCUGGAGGUUGUGCACCUCCAGAAGAUUCUGGAGGAGAAGAGGAGUCGAUGCGAGGAGGUAGAACAUCAGAACAAGGAGCUGCAAGCACGUCUGCAGUCCUUGGAGGAGCAAAGGAGUCAAUGGGAAGAAGCGCGGUGUCUCAGCAUAGAACGUCAGGCUUCGUCGAAGGUCUUUGAGAGUGAAAGACUGACUCAGCCUCUGGAGGAGAAGGAACUGAACGUCGGAGCCCUGGAAAACAACCUUGCCCAGCACGAGGAGGUGUUUUGGCUGCUUUCUGCUAUUGAACAGGCCCAGCGGCAACAUUCAAACAACAGAAGAGAAAUAGAAGAGCUCAACGAGCAGUCCCAAGCAGGCGAACGGUGCUUGAGAGACGCUGUGCGUGCACAGGAUGAGGCAUCUGAAUGGCAUUUGAGGAUGAUCCCCAACUGGAUGAUCUUUAAGAAUGAUGUGAGGAGAAAGAUGUGGGAUUUGGAGCUGGAGCUUAGCGAGAUGCAAGCUGAGAGGGACCAUCUCAGUAUCCCAAAUCAGGAGCUGGAAGAAGAGUCGGAUCAAAGCCAGGAAGAGGCACAGAUGGUGGAAGGCAAGAACUCUCUCCAAGUUGCCCUGCAGGAAGAGACUGCUGCUCUAAAGGUGGAGGCUUGGACUCUACAGCAAGAGGUGGCGUCUUUGGAAAGGAAGCUCGAGCGUGCUGAGAAACAGAGAAAGGAUGUCAUGCACGAACGGGACAACCUGGAAGCACUAAAAGAAAAGCUGCUUGGUGAGAUAAACCUUCUUCAGGAAUCAGUCACAGCCUCUGAAACUCGAGCAGAUGCAGCGACAGAUAGGAAUCGCUGCCUCGAACAAGAACUGCAGACCACACUGUCUGUCUUAAAAGUUAAAAGUGAGGAAGUGGAAACGCAGCGGGAGAAGCUCCAGAAAGAGGCAGCAGAAGCAAAAGCUUUGCAGGAGACCCUCACUCAUGUGACUGCUGUCCUGUCAGACAGAGAGGGAGAAAUGAUGUUGUACCGGCAACAGGUGAACACGCUGGAAAAACUGCAUCAAAGCACUCUCGAUCAAGCUCUUAAGGACAUAAGAGAGAAAAACCAGAUGGUGGAAUCCCAGCAAGAACAGAUACGGGAGCUGGAGAAGGAGCGAGAAACACAAAGGACAGUCAUGAGCAGGAUGAGCAAAGAGCUGGAGGAGAGGGACCAGGAGAUCAAAUUCCUGGAGGAGAAAAUAACAGAUCUGGAAAAGCACAGAGCCUCACAAGUGAGAAAUCUGCUCGUGGAUCUUGGUCGAAUGAAAGGAGACUUGAAGGAGAAAAACACAGAGCUUGUGUCUCUGAGCCAGCAGAUCCAAGAACUGGAAAAGGAGAGAGAAGAGGUGCAAUUUCUGCACGCAAGCCUUGAACACCUGAGAGCAGCUCUUAAGGACAGAGAGAAUGAGUGUGAUUCUCAAAGGGAUCAAAUAAGACUCUUUGAGCACUACAAAGAGCAGCAAGAGGGGCGCCUGCAAGAGCUUCAUGGUGAAGUAGGAAAAAUGACCCUUUCUUUAUUUAUAAAAGACAAAGAGCUUGAGUGGCAACAAAAGCAAAUGCAGGAAGCCAGAAAAUCCAUGGAAACGCAGCUAAGGAGUGUCCGUGCCCAGCUGGAGCGGAGCUUAGAAGCCCUAAAAGAAAAGGACAGACUCCUCGACAUCCAAGAGCAACAAAGAAGGAGCCAUGAGUCAAAAACAGAAGAGCAGAUGAAUGCCUUACAGAGAGACUUAGAAUGCAUUGAGGCGAUGCUGAAAGAAAAGGAUUUCAUGAUUGAAUCGCAGAAGGAAGCGAUUGAGGUCUUCCAGAAACGAGAACAAGAUUCUGAACAGCAGAAGGAAAUCCUGCAGCAUCUUCAAGUGGCACUAAAGGAACGAGAGCAAGAAAUUGUAUCCCUCCAAAAGGAACUUGAGGUAUGCAAGGAGAAGGAAGAACUACACAAAGCUGAGCAGACAAAUCUUCAUGCAACAAGGCUGAGUCUGGAAGAAAGAGAAACAAAGAUCAGGGUUCUGGAGGAGGCUCUCUCUGAGCUUCAACAGCAAAAGCAGGAGGCAGUGAUGCAGACCAAAGCCCUACUGCAAAAACUAGAAGAUGCUGCAUCUUCUCUGGAAGCUAGAGAUCAAGAGAUGGUGUCCUUGCAAAAGCGUGCCCAGGACCUUCAAGAGCAGAAGGCAUUAGAAGGCAAGCGUGUACUUGAUCUUCUGAAGCAGAAUGACAGCAAAGUCCAAUGGGAAAAGAAGGCACAAGCCCUGACUCUUGCCCUUACCAAGAGUGAAAUGGCCAACAGGACUCUGAGGGAAGAAGUAGGCGUCCUGCGGAGCAGGGUUUCAGAGAGGGACAAGGAAGAGUUUCACCUUCAGCACCAGCUCAGUCGCCUCUCUGCAUCCCCUCAGGCUCGUGCAGAACGCGAGCAGCUCUCCUGGCUCUCGGAGAAGAGAGUGCUGACACAGCAGCUGGAGUGUCUGCAGCGAACAGUCACAAGGCUGGAAGAUGAGAAGACGGAGCUGAAGCACCACAAUGCCGAGCUGAGGAGGACUCUUGAGCAGGUGGAACAUGAACGGAGGACACUGAAGAGAUAUUUCAGGCAGCAGUCACUGCCAGAUGCCUCCAGAUUUUCUGUCUCCAACACAGAACAGCAGAAGAUGCCCCCUUCCAGACAGACGCAGGUGGUGCAGGAGCAGAAACUCAAGCAGGGCUGCACUGAGCGCUGAGCGUCUUCUUUGACGGCCUGCAUGCAAUAAGGGCCUCCUCAUCCUUGUGCCUCGGAUCCCACAGCCCCACGUUCCUGGGGGACUGAAAUCAGCCUGUGCCUCCAGCGGGUCCAGCCUGGGAGCUUUCCCCGUGCCUGCAUUGAGAUCAUCCAGAGCGAGUUUUAUGUACAUGUGUUUUAUGUACAUGUGUUUUAUGUACAUGUGUAUGUACUAUUUUCUUUCUAAUAUUGCUUUAAUAUGUAUUUUUUUUGUAAUAUAGUCAAUAUUAUUACUG